GCAGGUCGCUAAGCAGUUGAGGCUCACUCUGCUAUCCAUUACUUGUCCUUUAAGCGAGGCAGACCGUAGUAAUCACCUUACAAAUACGAUCACUAGUCUUACGCCGGACUUCCUUGUAGGGCGAUUUACACAAGUACCGAGGGAUGUACGCUAUUUUGUCGGAUUUUUUUCUGCUAACACAAUACGCAGUGUAGUCAUCGGGUUCCAACGUUAUCUCAGCUGUAACAGUAACCCAUUCCCUAACGUUAACGUUACCAUCCACGUUAGUUUGCUUGCUAGCCGAGAUUUGUUUCAGUUAGCUUGCUAGCUAGCUAGCAGUAAGCUAACGGCAACGUAAAGUCUCUGUUACGCUCUAAAUUAGCUAUGUCCGGUUCGGCUGGAUGCUCCCCGGUGGCUCAGAGCUCGGGCCUGGGGCCAGGUAUGUCUAUGUUUCGCUGGUUAGAAGUGCUGGAGAAAGAGUUCGACAAGGCCUUUGUGGACGUCGAUCUGCUGCUCGGAGAAAUCGACCCCGAUCAAGUGGAUAUAACGUACGAGGGUCGCCAGAAGAUGACCAGCUUAAGCUCCUCUUUUGCUCAGCUCUGUCACAAAACCCAGACUGUUUUCCAACUGAACCACAAACUAGAAGCUCAGCUGGUGGACCUACGUUCUGAGCUGACUGAGGCUAAGGCUGAGCGGAAAGUGAUUGAAAGGGAGGUCCAUGACCAGCUCCUGCAGCUUCAUUCCCUCCAGCUGCAGCUCCAUCCCAAGCAAGGCCAGGCAGAAGACUCUGAUUCCAUCAGGGACAGACUGCCUGCACCAUCUUUGGAGAAAAUGGAGCAAGAGCUCAAGGUCAGCAAGAAAGAGAAAUUUGAAGAGGCUAGACUGGAGGCAGAAGUGAGACUAUUCAAGAAAGAAAACGAGGCUCUUCGCAGACACAUGGCAGUACUGCAGGCUGAAGUGUACGGGGCCAGGCUUGCUGCCAAAUACUUGGACAAGGAGCUUGCUGGCAGGGUUCAGCAGAUUCAGUUAUUGGGGCGGGACAUGAAAGGGCCUGCACAUGACAAGCUGUGGAACCAGCUGGAGGCUGAGAUUCACCUCCACCGCCACAAGACUGUCAUCCGAGCAUGUAGGGGGCGCAAUGAUCCGAAGAAACCUCUUCUCUCUCCAGUUGGACAUGACCCAGACAUGUUGAAGAAGAGCCAAGGAGUUGGCCCUAUCAGAAAGGUUGUGCUAGUCAAAGAUGAUCACGAGGGGCUUGGAAUCUCCAUCACGGGUGGAAAGGAACAUGGUGUUCCUAUUCUAAUCUCAGAGAUUCAUCCAAGUCAGCCUGCAGACAGAUGUGGAGGUCUGCACGUGGGAGAUGCAAUCCUUGCUGUCAACAGCAUUAAUUUGCGAGAUUCCAAACACAAGGAGGCUGUCACCAUUCUGUCUCAGCAGCAAGGACAGAUCGAGUUUGAAGUGGUGUACGUGGCGCCAGAGGUAGACAGUGAUGAUGAGAAUGUGGAGUAUGAAGACGACAGUGGCCAUCGUUACAAACUCUACCUGGAUGAGGUGGAUGACUGCAGCACAGCGCCACCCAGCGGCGGCUCAGCAUCACUGCAUGCGCUGGAAAAGAUGUCCUUGAGUAAUGGUGCAGAGAACAGAGACACUGGGAUCUCCAGUGAGGCGACUGCAGAGGAAACUCCUUCAAAGCCCCCUGAGACGGACUGCUCCUCUUAGAGGCUCAGCAUCAUUGUUGGUAUUGGGAGAUUUAAUGAGAGGAUCGUGGGCACAACCCCUCUUUAUGAACUGAAUCAAAGAAUUGUAUGACAAGGAAAAUAAACCCAAGAAUGUCUUAACAACAA